AUACAUCUAGCAAACAAGCCAAAACACUAGGAUCGGACCUCAGCCAUCCUCAUAUCCCAAUAAGCAAAAGACUCAACCACUUUGACUUAUGCAUAUGCAUCUUAUCAUGUUUUAAUCAUAGGCGCCUGGCUACUCCCAUGCUAAUAACUCUCCCGGAAAACAUACCCCACAUCCCAUCGGAUGUAGUCAUACAUACCCCAACAUCCCGUCGGAUGUGGUCAUACAUACCUGAUAGACCGUUAAUUACACAUGUUUUACCCCUGUUCUUACACCGUUUGAGAUGUGAUUUCUCAUGUUUUAGGCCGAUUUUACGCUAGGUUGUGCUUGUUUGUGAUAUUUCAGGUCCUAGUACGUGAAUGGAGGCUCAGGAGCGAGUUUGGGGUCGAUUGGACGAAGAUCGGGCGCGAGGCAAGUCACAAAGGAGGCCACACGGGCACACCCACAACUCACACGGCCGUGCAACUCAUAUUUGUGGCCGUGUGAGAUUGUGCGAGAGCAACCACGGCCUGCCCUGAUAAUCCACACGGCCGUGUGAAGAAGUGGUCUGGCCGUGUGACUUUCGCCGAGAGCAAACACGGGCAGAUGGAAGUCACACACGGCCGUGCGACCCUGGCCGUGUGAGAAGCCUGAAAAUCGAACUAAGUGGAACGCAACAUUUUAACUCACACGGGCAACUGGGUAUGCCACACGGCCAUGUGGCCCUGCCCGUGUGAGUCGGGAUUUCCUGGUUUUAACCCAAUUCCGGGCUGCAAGAGAGAGGAUCGGACUUUUUGGGCAAAAACAGAGCCCUAGAGAGAGAAAGGACGAAGAACACAUCCUAGAAGCCAUCUUGGAGCUGGGUUUCAUCAAUUCAAGCUUGGAGAUCGUCAUAGGAGUGGAAAUCAUCAUCCCAGAGCAGAUUCUUCCCAUAAUUAUGAGUAUGAUUGCUUUGUAUCUUGUUUUCCUCUCUCUCUCUAUGGAGUAGAACCCCUCUCUCACUUGGGGAUGAAGAACCCUAGUUCUAUGUGUUAGGGAUUGAUUGUAAUGACUUGGGAUGAGAUUACUAUUUGAUUUUAAUCGAAUGAUGCAUGUUUAUUGAGUCAAUUGAAGUCUGAUCAACUUUUCCUGAUUCCUGCUGCAAUAUGAGAUAGAUAGAAUCUGAUUAGGUUGCUAGAGUCUCAUCAUUCGAUAGUAGGAGAUUGGCUAUACGAGAGUUAGCCAGUUUACUGCUUUGUACUGGAAUCCAAUUCCAGUAGUGGAGUUUUGUUCUUACUGCUUCAGCUUUCUAUCCCGGUGAAGACUAGUCGUCUGCCGGGUAGUUAGACUGAGAGGGCUUGGUCAGCUUAAGAGAUUCCAAGCUACUGUCGGAUCUUCCGCAGUCUAAUCAACAGUAAAUCAACCCAGGGGAAAUUGCAAUUAAACCUAACUAAGGAGCUAGGGGGACUCAUUCCCGAGUGACUCUUUCCUGCUUGAGAAAACCGAAUAAUUUCCUGCUUUCUUUCUGCUUUUGCUUUUAAACAAGAAUCACUUACUUUAGUUGGCUAGAUAACAGAGAAUCACUGAGUAAGCAGUAGAUCUAGACCCCGGGUUGAUAAUAUAACUUGCCUGUUACUGCAUUCCCGGUCUGCGAUUACACUUGGUCGCAGAUUGGUGUUGUGUUUUGGCGUGUCAAGUUUUUGGCGCCGUUGCCGGGGAACCUCUAGGUUAUUGGGGAAACGUGAGAAUUUUUUACUCUAGCCUUUUAUUUACUGCAUUUUAUCUCUUCCACCUGUGUGCCUUCACAGGUUGCUUCUGCUGAUUGUGUGCAGGUAGUGCAUGACCCGUAGCCAGUCGGGAGAUCUACUACCACUAGACCAGGAGCUUGAACGAACCUGCAGAAACUUCAAGCGGGCUCUAAAGGCACGACUGGCUGCGGAGGAGGCGUUAGCACAGCUACAGAUUACUGAAGAGGAGGAGAUGGUUGAUCCACAGGGUCAUGAUGUGAUCGAUCCCGAGGAACAGACCAUGGGACAUUACUGGACUUCCAGGGCUGCAGACAUGAGGUCACCCAUUCAACACCCUCAUGUCCCAGCCAAUAAUUUUGAGGUGAGCACCUCAGUAAUCACCAUGCUGCGCGGUUCGGUGAUGUUCCGUGGCAAAGAGGGGGAGUGCCCUCGAUCACAUCUCAGGCGAUUCCACGAGCUCAUCGAUGGAAUCAAGAUCAACGGGGUCCCAGCAGAUGCCAUCCAGCUGAGGUACUUCCCUUUCACCCUGGAGGGGCAGGCCAAGGAGUUGCUAGACACUCGACCUCCGGGAUCCAUCACCACGUUCGCCAACCUGGCGGACAAGUUUCUUACCCGCUACCAUCCUCCGUCCAAGACGGCGGACUUGCAGAAGCAGAUCACCCACUUCACUCAGGAUGAAGAUGAGACCAUCCGGGACGCCUGGGAGAGAUACAACAGCCUCUUCCUGAGGUGUCCCAAUCAUGGUUUCAACGAUGCUUUCAAGGAGGGAACCUUUUAUCACGCCCUCUUCCCGGAGGACAAGCAGCUGAUUGACUCGGUUUGUGGCGGGAACAUGCUGACCAAAACACCGCCACAGCUGAAUCAACUCUUUGAGGAGAUGGCGGAGAACGGGUACGAUUGGGGCACUGCCAGGAGAUCGAGGAGAGCACCAGGCCGGGGUGUGCAUGCUGUGGGCACCCAGUCAUCUGAUUUGGUGCAGGUGGUAUCGAAGCUGGUUUCAGCUAUCGAUCGUUCUGGUUUGAUUGCAGGUACCGGACAGCAGCAGGCUAUGCUCUGCCAGUGGUGCGAGAGCACCCAUCAAAAAAAUGUUUUGAGAACGUUUUUCAUGUGCAUUGAUACUAGCUUCGGAUGUAGUGUGAGAUAUCCACAGGCGUGGAAGGUUGAUGAUAUGUGUAUAUUUGUGUAAUUGUGUAGCUGUGAUGAUUAUGGCAUGUAUAAGUAUGGUAUGCAGUUAUGGAGUAUGAUAACUGUGACUAUGGCUAUGAAAGCCAAUGUUUAUGGUUGUGGAUAUAUAUUUAUAUUUACGAAUGCAGAUAUUUGGAUAAAUUAUUUAGCAGGUCUAGUUGCAAGAAAUGUAGCCGAUUACGCGAGUAAUUCAUGUCGAAAUUUUAUUUGGGUAAAUUUUGGUAAUUAAUGUAACUCCCGAGAUUAUUUUCGCUGCUAAUGUAUGAACAAUAUGAUCAGGCAAAACGUACAGGGUAGGGUGUUACAGAAUAUAUAGAGAAAUAAAGUGUAGAGAGAUAGUGGAAAGUGGAAAGUGAGGAAAGAGGAGAAGUCCCCUCCUUUGGAGGUCUUCAAGCCCUUAUAUACCUGUAGCGGGUAUCGAGCGUUGGGAAUCACCGAUUGUGCGCCCUACUACUUAGUCUGUGUGCGGAGUAUCUUAGUAACACCCCCAACCAUUGCCCCCCAAGCUGGUGGUGAGUUUUAACUCAUCACUAGCUUAUUAUUUAUUUAUUAUAUUUUUAUUUAAAUCUUCGUCGGUAAUUUUGGAUGGAUCCCUAUGUACCCCCAGUUGCCCCCAGCUGGUGGCGCGCUUGGCUGACGCGGUGCCAGCUUCCUGCGUCAUGCCCCCCAGUUGGUGUGUUUCAUUAAGCCGUUGAGCGCUCUUUUAUUGGAAUCUCCAAGGCGCUGAGCCAUUUCUUGUUGAAAAUUUUCCAAGGUAUUGAGCGCUCUCCUAUUGGAGUUCUUUACACACACACAAGUGUGUACUCUUUCAUUGGUGCGCUAUUGACAGCAGCACGAUUACGUUACGGGCUUACCGCGCACGUUUAGUUCCCUUUAUUGGAGAUAGAGGUAGUUGAACACUUUCAUAUUGUAGAUUCACCGUUGCUCUUAUUGAAGUCUUAUUUGUGUGCUUCGUUGAGACUUAUUUGUAGAUCUUCGAUGCUCUUAUUGAAGUCUUAUUUGUGUGCUUUGUUGAGACUUAUUUGUAGCUUUUUCGAUGCUCUUAUUAAAGUCUUACUUGUGUGCUUUGUUGAGACUUAUUUGUAGAUCUUCGAUGCUCUUAUUGAAGUCUUAUUUGUGUGCUUCGUUGAGACUUAUUUGUAGCUUCUUCGAUGCUCUUAUUGAAGUCUUACUUGUGUGCUUUCGUUGGAUGAUCGUGUCGGUGGUGACGCGAAGUUUUAUUCGGAUGCUCGGUAGAGCCUCUGUUCGUUGGAUCAUAGAAUUGGCGGUCCUGACUUUGGCGGAGGGUGUAGCGGCGGCUAUCGAGGCGAUCAUUUGUGCCGGGAGUGUUGCGUCUCCAUCAACAGACUGUGACGCGCGGCUGUGAGACUAGUGCGACGACGUCGCACGGUCGUUGGUGCCUAUAGAUUGAGGGCAGAGAGUAACGCGCCGCGACGACAAUAAAUAGAGCUUGCGAGGAGGAUGACUCGGCUGUAGCACGCUUCGGAGACGGACGCCGCGAGGUGAGUCGAGGGAAAGCAAACAUGAAAUUGUUGUGUUGUUUUUUUUCCUUCUUCUUAUCUGAACCCUUUAUUGCCACAUCACAUAUUUAAUGGUCAACUAUGAAAGUUGACUGCCACGUAAGCUAGAGUUAACGGAAAUGGACGGAGAGUGACCAAACUUGAACCAUUUAACUAAUUUGAGUGACCAAGAUUGGAUUUAAAUAUUUCCAGUGACCAAACAUGAACGUUUUUUGUAAUUUCAGUGACCAACCAUACAAUUAACCCUUUAACAGACC